UACCUCCAUCAUUUAUCCGACACGAAGGAAGAAAACCUAGAAAGGGCGGUUGAAGAAGAAAAAUCACAAGAGAAACAGCCAUGGCAGGAGUUGGACCGAUGACGCAAGAUUGGGAGCCCGUUGUGAUCCGUAAGAAAACUCCCAACGCUGCCGCCAAGCGUGACGAGAAGACUGUCAACGCCGCUCGUAGAAGCGGCGCCGAUAUCGAAUCCGUCAGAAAAUACAAUGCUGGAACCAACAAGGCGGCUUCAAGCAGCACCUCCUUGAACACUAAGAGGCUUGAUGAUGACACUGAGAACUUGGCUCAUGAACGUGUGCCUACUGAGUUGAAGAAAGCCAUCAUGCAUGCCCGAGGAGAGAAGAAGCUGACCCAAUCCCAACUCGCUCAAUUGAUCAACGAGAAGCCACAAGUGAUCCAAGAGUACGAGUCAGGGAAAGCAAUACCGAAUCAGCAGAUACUUUCUAAGCUGGAGAGGGCACUUGGAGCUAAACUCCGUGGAAAGAAGUAA